UAGAAGUUUUUUGGUGGCCAAUGCGCAAUCGGAUACGUAUCAUAUAAUAUUUUGUUCGGAUGGUUUCUGCAAAAUGACUGGUUUCACGCGUGCUGAGGUAAUGCAACGAUCGAGCACCACGGAAUUCCUUCAUGGACCAAUGACAUCACUUCAGGCUGUAAAUUUAAUCAAAGAAGCAUUAUCAAAAGGUUUCGAAAAACAUUUCGAGAUUUUGUACUAUAGAAAAGAUGGAACAACGUUCCUUUGUUCUGAAGUCAUAGCACCAAUUCGUUCGGAAGUAGAUGAUAUCUCACUGUACAUAAUCAAUUUUGAAGACUUAUCCAAUCCAUUAGCCGCUGAACAACCCUUAGCUCCUCCGAGACUGAGUAAAUUUGAUAGAGCUCGUGCUAGUUUUAAAACGAAAUUCGGUAGUAUGGGAUUACGAGAUCGUGGCCUGCGUUUGGCCGGAUAUCUAACACCCCCAUCAGAUUUAACACAGGAUGAUGACGAUAAUGCUGAGAGUCGAAUGGUGCCGACAUUGGAAAAAAUUGAGUCGGGUAAAGUUUGGUCACCAUCAACACUCGUCCCUUCAACGGCGGCUACAAUGACAACUGUAAUGCGAUCAGCGGAACAAGAAUUGAUUCGAGACUCAUUGCGUUUGGAUGAUUUAAAAAUAGCAACUCCAAAGAAAGCACCACUAACUGUGAAGAAAAAAUCUGAGUUUUCACAAACAAAAAGCCUUGAUUUCGAUGCACAAUCAAAACUUAAUUCGGACGAUGAACAAGCAUUGAUUGAAUCACAAGCAAAUAGUCGAAUGGAAAUCGAUACAAACAAAUCGAUCAGUCAUUUGAACAACUUUCGUACCACAACUGCGCCAACAACCACAACGACCACAACUCAAGCGGCCACAACAUCGAAAGCGAAAAAUUGUCGCGGUCUUAUUCAAAAGCGUGCUCAUACACUUGAUGAUUUUAUGGAAGGAAAAAGUGGUCAUGUAGCUCGUCAAUACUUUCCAUACGUGUCAUCAGAAAGUGAUCUACAACGAUACAAAGCAAUAUCGUUCCGACAAAAUUCAACGAAUGUUAGCAGCGAUCAACAUGGCAGCUCAACACUUUCAAACGUGCCUUCCGAGUACCGAGUUAAAGACAACGGAUCAGGAAAAUUUUUCCAAGGCACCCGACAUACACCAAAUAUGGGCGAAAAGGUGGCUCAG